GUGGGGGGUAGAUUACCGAAAUUGCCAUCGUCUCUUAAUUUCUAAAACCCUGAAUACGGAGGAGGCGAUACUAAUUCCCUCUUCUCUAGCUCCCAUAGUGCUGCUCUGUAUUUUAAACUUGGUUUUUUCUUCAACUGUAACGACAAAGCAGAUAAAGAUGGAGCAAUCACAAUAUGAAAUCGAUUUGGGAAACCUCACGGCCUUUGAUCUGCAUCAUCAAUUCCCUUCUCCUUCGUCUUCCAGGGAGGAGAUAGUAAAGGAGGCUCUUGAACAGGGUACCAAAUUGGUACAAGCAGUUGCGGAUGCCCUCUUUAACUUACGUUCAACUGAAGAUCCAGAUGGUCCCAUUGUCAAGUUGCCUGCACCUACAACAAGAUUGCCAAGAGAGAAGCCGGUAGUCUCUAUAUUCUCAUUUAUUUAUGUACUUGUAAUAAGAACCGAAAAGUAUAGCAUGGAUCUUGGGGAUAUGCCAAACUCUAUUAAUGAUAAAAUUAUGACAUACGCUAGAAGAAUUAUGUCUCUGAAGGGCGGGAGGCUUGUAUUGUUUCUGGUUUGCAGCCAUGUUCAGCUUGCUGCCACUGCAUUACCUAUUACAGGAACCCAAGCAAUGCCUAGAAAGGUUGGCAAGGACGAAUUACAAAACUUUGCUGGAAUGGUGUCGACUGCGACAGCUAGUGGUGGAAAAUUUGACAAGAAAUUGCCCGGAGAGAAGCCCCCAAAGCAUGAAAAGAAAUACAGGAAGUUCCUACCAGCUGUAGAAGGAUCGGGAAUGGGUGCACUUGAAAAACAGCAAACUGAGAAAGUGUUGAAUAAGUUGAUCUCCAAAAAUUCUCACGAAGUGCUAAAUGUUGAAAAGGCUGUGAACAUGUACAAUGUGAAGAAAGAAAAGAAACGAAGAAAUAAAGAUGGGGGAAGGUCAUCGACCCCUGGCAAGAUGAAGUCGAACAAGAAAUCUUUCAAGAAAACAUCGAAGGGAGGAUCUUCAAAGAAGGGGAAGUAAAAUCAAUGUCGAAUGAUUUUUUUUAUUUUUAAUCUAUCUAUCUUAUAUUGAGCUGAAGAUAUCAGCUGCCUUAUUUUGUGUUGUAUAAACAUUCCUCGCUGGAUUAAUUGAAUCAAUUAUUCUUUUGAGGAGCUAGAGAAAAUUUUGUGAUUUUGAUAAGUUCAGUGAAAA